AUGGAUGAAGAUGAACUCUUACAUAGCUUAUGUGGUUUCAUUGAAGAAAGUGGUCAACAUGCAACCUGUCCUAACUACAGUUCCACCAUGCGAAUUACUCCAAAAGUAGAGUCUGAAAUUUUAAAACUUCCAGGGCAAGGUUUUGGUAAUGAAUUACUGAUGGUCAAAUCUUCAGGGCAAGGUUUUGGUAAGGAAUUACUGACGGUCAAAUCUUCCCUAGUUGAAAGGUCAAGACUCAAGAGUCUCCACUGCACUAAACAGUUUGUCGAAAGUAAUACUACCAAUAUCCCAUGGAAGAUGGAUAGGAGCUCUCAUUAUGGAUGGAGGACGAAGUUCCAUCAAGCAAGAGUAUGCCUUACAAUAUGA